CUGAAGAAAUAGCAGUAUGAUGUGGUAAGCUGUGUGACCCUAUUUAAACAGAAGCAGCAAACGCCAUUCAAUCGCUAGUAUUCUAUUAAGCACUUUAAUAGAAACACUUUAAUUUGCCAAGUCAUAUUUCUCUGGGCAGGGACCGAUGGACUACUUUCAACAUUUACUCAUGAGGUCAAUUAUAUGGGUAGCGGUGAUCAUGUUGGCUGUACUAGAAAAUGGAUGCAAUGGGUGUUUGGAAAAAGAAAGAAUCGCUCUCUUGCAACUCAAACAUUCCAUCAACUUCCCAGAUGGCACUUCGUUGCCAUCUUGGGAGGAAGACGAUAGCAUGAACUGUUGCCAUUGGGAACGUGUUGAGUGUAAUUUCACUACGCGUCGAGUUAUCAAACUUGAACUUGGUGACACAAGAUAUUUGAGAUCAGGGGAUGAUUAUUGGCAUCUAAAUGCCUCUAUUCUUCUCCCUUUUGAAUCACUCCGAAGCCUAAACUUGACUCGAAACCAAUUGCGUAGUUUCGUUGGGAAUGAAGGUAUUGGAAUUUUGUCAAAUUUGACUAAUUUGGAGGAGCUUGAUCUUAGCGGGAAUUAUCUUGGAAAUGGCAUUCUACCUUCUUUGAAUAACUUUUCAAACCUGAAGAAUCUAAAUUUGGCUGAUACCAAUUUGAAUGGGUCAAUUUAUGUUAAAGGUAUUGGAAUUUUGUUAAAUUUGACUAAUUUGGAGGAGCUUGAUCUCAGCCAGAAUAAUCUUGGUAAUGGCAUUCUACCGUCUUUGAAUAACUUUUCAAACCUGAAGAAUCUAAAUUUGGCUCGUACCAAUUUGAAUGGGUCAAUUAAUGUUAAAGAAUUUGAUGGCUUGAACAACUUGAAGGAGCUCGACUUGAGCAUUAAUGCGAUUGCCAGUAUCAAUGCUCUCAAUGGUUCACAAGAAGAAUCAGGAAUAUUGACAAAGUUAGAGGUCCUUGAUCUGAGUAGUAAUGAAGCCCUCAAUAAUAGUGUUUGGUCAUUUUUGGGAGGGCUUUCAUCAAUCAAGACAUUGGAUUUGACUUACAAUAGAGGCUUGCGCGGAGCUGUUCACAAUAAGGACUUGAGAAACCUCAACAACAUUGAAACUUUGCUCAUGGAUGGUGUUGUACUCAACGACGUUCUUCCGUACAUUAGAGUCAUGACUUCAAUUCAAGUGUUGUCCUUAAGAUCUUGUGACAGCAAGCGUAUUUCUUCGAUCGAAGGGUUGUGCGAGUUGAAGAAGCUCCGAGAGCUUGAUGUCACAGAGAGUGGUUUUGGGGACACCUUACCAUGGUGCCUGGCGAACUUGACAUCCCUCCGACUACUGGAUAUCACUUCCAAUCAUUUUACUGGAAACAUUGCACGGUCUCCUCUUAUCAAUCUGACAUCCCUCGAAUACCUUGCAAUUUCAAAUAAUGACUUUGAAGUUCCAAUCUCAUUCAAGUCAUUUUUUAACCAUUCCAAACUCGUGUUCAUUGAGAGCUUGAACAACACAUUGUUGGAAGAGGAGGACAUUCUUGCCACAUCCCCAAGUUUUCAACUAAUCGGACUUUGUUUGUCAAAUUCUGAACAUAGUCAUAUUACCCAUUCAUUUCCUCCCUUUCUCUACUAUCAACAUGACCUUCUACUGGUUAAGCUCUCUCAUUUCACAGGUAAGUUUCCAUAUUGGUUGUUGGACAACAAUACAAGAAUGGAAACACUUUUCCUAUCAAACAAUUCAUUCGGCGGACCAUUAUUGUUGCCUUCGCGUCAUAUAAGAAAUCUUAUUUUACUGGAUAUCUCUAACAAUUAUCUUGAAGGCUUCCUUCCUUACAAAAUAGCCGGUCCUUUCCCAAGUUUAGAAAUCUUCUACUUGUCUAGAAACAACUUUGAAGGCAACAUUCCCUCUUCAUUCGGGGAUAUGACUACUCUAAAAAUACUAGAUUUAUCCAAUAACAAUCUAUCUGGAGAAAUACCGGUUCAUUUGGCCAAAGGUUGCCGCCUCUUGAAAUUCUUGAGUCUAUCAAACAACUUCUUGAAAGGCCCAGUACUACCCCAGCAAAACAAUUUGACCGUAUUGGAAUUCUUAUAUUCUGCCAACAAUGCCUUCACAGAAAUUCCGCCUAACUUGCCUUGGAGCAGUUUGAUGUGUUUGGAUGUUAGUUCUAAUCAAUUGGAAGGAAAGAUUCCAGCUGGGUCCAUUGGGAAUAAUACAUCGUUAACUUUCCUAGCCAUGGCCGGUAAUCAUCUUGAAGGUUCUAUUCCAAUUGAAUUUUGUCAACUGAAAGACCUCGAAUUGUUAGAUCUUUCAGAAAAUAAUAUCACCGGGGCUGUACCAUCUUGCUUUAGUUCAUCAACUAUCCUCAAUAUUCGGUUGUCCAAAAAUAGGCUAGAUGGACCUUUUCCAAUGGCCUUAAAAAAUUGCAGUACCAAUUUAAUGGAGCUUGAUCUCUCUUAUAACCAAUUCAGUGGUAAUAUUCCAACUUGGAUAGGCAGCGUUUCCUUCCUUACAGUUCUUCUCUUGCAAAAUAAUAAUUUUGAAGGCAACAUCCCAAAGGAGUUAUGCAACGUUUCCUGGUUAAGCAUGAUUGAUCUUUCUUCCAAUAAUCUCUUUGGCAGCAUUCCCCCUUGUAUUAGUGAAAUCGAAUUCAACGGAAUAAAUAUCGGGCGUUUAAUCCAGGUAUUCCCCCGUGAUGAUUCAGCACAAACAUUCACAUUAUUGUUGCAUGAUCAGGGGAUGGAGUUAGCCAAAGGUCAAAAAGAUCGAGAAGGGUAUUUUGGUAUAGUGACUACAGGACAAGAGGCAAAGUUUACAACAAAGGGAAUUUCCUUAAUCUACACGGGAAUCGUUCUACAGCUUUUCUCAGGAAUCAAUCUCUCUCACAACAGAUUGACUGGCCCCAUACCACCUGAGAUUGGAAACCUUAGCCAUAUCAAAGUGUUGAACUUGUCCCACAAUAACUUCAUCGGUACAAUCCCUGUGACAUUUUCAAACAUGAAAGGCAUAGAAAGCUUGGAUCUUUCCUACAACCACCUGAAUGGGCAAAUCCCCUCUCAGCUUAUAGAGCUAUAUUCCUUGGAAGUUUUCAAUCUAUCCUACAAUGACUUGAGUGGAAGGAUGCCUCCAAGAGUAAAACAAUUCGGAACUUUUGACUUGAGUAGCUACGUUGGAAAUCCACUUCUUUGCGGAGAACCACUGCCAAAGUGCAAUGCAACUGAUUCACCUCCAUUGACGCCAAGAGCAGCUGUCAAUGAUACAGAAGAAGAUUCUGGUUUCAUGGACAUGAAUGUGUUUUAUAUGAGCUUUGCAGGUUCUUACGUAACUGUGGUCUUGGCAAUUGUGGCGAUUUUGUUGAUAAAUCCAUAUUGGCGAAGGGCAUGGUUUCAUCUUGUCGAGGUUUCCAUCACCUCUUGCUACUAUUUCGUUGUGGACAAUCUCGUGGGGCACGGGCGUGGUUUUCUUUGGAAAUAAGCAGCCAUCUCUAUCUCUCUCUCAGCAUGUAGUGUGGUUAAU